AAAAAAGAAGCAAUAAUAUUUUGUAGAAAAUAAACAAAAAUAACAACAAAAAAAAAAAAAAAAGAAGAUAUUUUGUAAUAAGAAAAAAUGGAAGUAGAAAAUAGAGGAGAGAAAAAAAUUGUGGUAGCAGUAGAUGAAAGUGAAGAAAGCAUGCAUGCUUUAUCAUGGUGUCUAAACAACGUAAUUUCUGUUUCACAUCAAAAUUCUAAUUCUACAACUCUUGUUCUUCUCUAUGUCAAGCCUCCUCCUCCGGCUAAUUAUUCGGCUUUCGAUGUUGCCGGUUAUUUGUUUGGAAAUGAUGUUGUAGCAGAUUUGGAAGAUUACUAUAGGAAGCUUGUUGAUUCAGUAAUGUCUAAAGCCCAACAAGUUUGUAUGAAGUCCAAAAUUAACAUUAAGGUAGAAAAGAAAGUCGGGAGUGGAGAUGCCAAAGAUGUAAUUUGUGGAACAGUUGAGAAAUUAGGGGCUGAUAUGCUAGUUAUGGGAAGCCAUGGUUAUGGAUUUUUAAAGAGGGCUAUUCUAGGAAGCGUAAGCUACGAUUGUGCAAAACAAGUGAAGUGUCCCAUGGUGGUUGUGAAGCAUCCCAAGAACAUUUCAUGAAGUGCCUACUUUAAAUCUAUAAAUCUUUAUUAUCUCCCUUUACACUUUUCAAUCUCCAAAUUAUGCAUUUGUACAAUAAUAAAUGUAUUUAAUUAGGAUAAUGUAGUUUUAAUCACACAAACAAUUGUUGUACAUGUCACAUGUACAUAGUUGUAUUUAUAUGUUCCGUCUCUUUAGACGAAUUUUCCUUCGUGUGUUAUUUUGGAAUGAAAUGAAUAGUGUUUCUAGUACAAUAAGA